CUCGCGUCCAAACUUAACCGUUUGAGAGUAAAGCGAUCAUGGGCUCUUCUUCUAGAAAUCUCUACGCAGGAAUUGGAGAAGGUCAAUCCACUUCUAGGCCACCACUCUUUGAUGGCACCAACUAUUCCUAUUGGAAGGAACGGAUGAGAAUCUAUAUCCGUUCCACCAACUUCCAAUUAUGGUUGGUCAUCAAAACGGAGAGGAAGUCCCAAUGAAGAAAGUAGGAGAAACCACGGUUCCAAAAACCGAGAGCGAGUUUGAUGCCGAGGACAUCAAGAUUGAGAAUUAUGCAAAGGCCAUCAAUAUGCUAUAUUGUGCGGUCAACCCCGAUGACUACCGAAAGAUCUCCUAUUGCACAACCGCCAAGGAGAUGUGGGACAAGCUUGAAGUAACGUACGAAGGUACUGAUCAAGUGCGUGAAGCCAAGAUCGAUUUUCUUGCCCAAGAGUAUGAAAUGUUUCGAAUGAAGGAAGGUGAGAAAAUCGAUGACAUGUUUGAUCGUUUCUCAAAAAUCAUAAACGAUCUUCAUGCUCUUAAGAAGACGUACACCAACAAGGAUCUCGUAAGGAAAAUCCUGCGAAGCCUCACCCCCGAAUGGAGGUCAAAAGCCGAUGCAAUCUAUGAAUCCAUUGGAGUCUCCAAUGGUGUAAACCGACUUUCAUCCAACGUCACCAUCGAUAGGCUAAGAGGUAAUCUUAAAACCUAUGAAUCUACUAUUCUAACCCCGUAUUUGGAUGAACAAAAGAAAAAGGGGAUAGCUCUCAAAGCAACCAUGAAACCGGUGGAAGAGGUUUCAAGCGAUGAUGACAACGAAAAUGGACUCGUCAUCAAGAAGUUCCACAAGUUCAUGAAGAAGGAAUUUGAGCGGAAGGGAAGGAAGCACGACGGUCCUCCCAAGUUCUAUGGCUGUGGCGAGAUUGGCCACAUCAAGCCAAGGUGUCCAAAAGCCAAACACGGCAAGGACAAGCCUGGCUUCACGAAGCAAAGGGCUUACAUAUCUUGGGGUGGCGAUUCCGGUGACGAAUCAACCGACCAAGAGGAGGAAGAAGCUGCAAAUCUUUGCCUCAUGGCGCACGAAGAUCAAAACGACAAUGUCCAAGAGUGGCUUCCUGCUGCCAUUCGCCUGGGCAGUAAGGCAGUAACGAAACUGCAUUCCCCUGGAUUUUGGAUCUGUUUUGCAUAUGGGCUGAACUGGGUGGAUUUGCUGAAGUUGGUUGGUACCAUUUGUGAUGGAGCUGCUGAAUGUGGGUUGUUGAUCCCUUAGUCACUUGUGAAAGUUCUAAAGGCAACCUCCGUACUCAGUAGACCCACGGUUAUUAUAGGAGACUUCAGGACACACACACACGAUGCUAUAGCACUCUCUCUAACACAAACCAAAGUAAGGUGCAGAAUAAAGUAAAGAUGCAACAUAGAGAAAUUGUUUACGCAGUUCGGAAACUUUCCUACUCUGCGGGGCCCACAUCCGUGUAACAGCCCUUCCACUAAAUCACCGUAAUGAUUACACCUUCAAUAACAAGAGACUCAAUCU